UAAGAUUGAUCUUUACUCUUAGCAAUGUCAUCAUCGUCAUCUGUUCCUGACUACUUGAGAGAUGAAAAACUGACACAAGAAACAAGAGAUCUGAUAUCUUCUCUUCCAAGCGAGAAAGGUUGGCUAGUGAGCCAAAUAUAUCAGUUCCAAGGACGUUGGCACACAGAAGCUCUGUUACAAGGAAUCUUGACUUGCCAGAAACACUUUAAGGCCAAAGAUUCCGACAUUAUACUCGUCACCAAUCCUAAAUCAGGUACCACUUGGUUAAAAUCUCUUGUCUUUGCUCUCAUUAACCGACACAAGUUUCCAGUUUCUUCUGGUGAUCAUCCUCUUCUUGUUACCAAUCCACACCUUCUCGUGCCCUUCAUGGAAGGAGUUUACUACGAAUCUCCAGAUUUUGAUUUCUCCCUCUUGCCUUUUCCAAGACUCAUGAACACGCACAUAUCGCAUCUUUCUCUACCCGAGUCCGUCAAGAGCUCGUCUUGUCAGAUUGUGUAUUGUUGUAGGAACCCUAAGGACAUGUUUGUGUCCUUAUGGCAUUUUGGGAAGAAACUUGCUCCUCAAGAAACCGCUGAUUAUCCUCUUGAGAAAGCUGUUGAAGCGUUUUGUCAAGGGAAGUUUAUUGCUGGACCAUUUUGGGAUCAUGUGUUGGAGUAUUGGUAUGCGAGCCUCGAGAAUCCGAACAAGGUCUUGUUUGUUACAUAUGAGGAGCUCAAGAAGCAGACUGAAGUGGAGGUUAAGCGAAUCGCUGAGUUCAUUGGAUGUGGUUUUACUGCUGAGGAAGAAGUGAGUGAGAUUGUGAAGUUGUGUAGCUUUGAGAGUUUGAGUAGGUUGGAAGUUAAUAGGCAAGGGAAACUGCCAAAUGGAAUAGAGACUAAUGCUUUCUUUAGAAAAGGAGAGAUUGGAGGAUGGAGAGAUACUUUGAGUGAGUCCUUGGCAGAUGCAAUAGAUAGAACCACUGAAGAGAAGUUUGGAGGUUCUGGUCUCAAAUUUUCUUGUUGAAUCAAUUUUUAAGAUUUGUUGUUCUGCUUUCUUUUUCUUUUGCUUUAAUGAUGAUAGUUUCUUCAAUCUUGCGACUUUGCUGUUUUUAUGUGAGGGUUGAGUUGUUGUUGUUGUACGAAUAAAAUGGAUUGUUUGUGUUUUCUA